AUGGAAUAUGAAGAACAAACUAAAACUAAAACCAAAACCAAUAUAAAAUUAUUAUCAAAACUUACUUCAUUAUCAUUAUCAGAAGCAAUUCGUCCAACAACAUUUGAACAAUAUGUUGGUCAAGAUCAUCUUAUUAAUCCCAUCGAUGGAGCCAUUAGAAAUUUUAUUAAAUUAGGUUAUUUACCAUCAAUGAUAUUUACUGGACCUUCAGGUAUUGGAAAAACUACAUUAGCUUCAGUGAUAUCAUAUGAAUGUGGAUUACCAUUUUUAGAAUUAUCAGCAACGACAAUGACAACCAUGGAUUUAAAAACCACAAUAAUGCAAAAAAACCAAAAAAACCAAAAAAACCAAAAAAACCAAAACGUUGGGGAACAAAAAAUUGUAUUAUUUAUUGAUGAAUUACAUCGAUUAACUAAAAUUCAACAAGAUUGGUUAUUACCAUAUUUGGAAAAUGGGGAAAUUGUAUUGAUUGGGGCAACUACUAUACAACCAAAUACAAGGAUUCGUCAAGCUAUUUUAUCACGAUGUCAAGUAUUUAAAUUAGAAAAAUUGACUCGUAAAGAAAUUAAAAAAGUUUUAUGUCAAGCUAUAACUUUCCAAAAUUUAAAACGUAAACAUCUUUAUCAAUUAGGGGCAAUUGUAUAUGAUGAUGAUGAUGAAGAACAAGGAGACGGAGUAGAUGAAUGUUUUGAUUUGAUAUUGGAUAGAGCUCAAGGUGAUUGUAGAAUUGCUAUUAAUUUGAUUGAAUUAAUAAGUGAUAAUUUCCUUGAUAAUGUCAAUGAUAUAAAAUUACUGAAAAAUCAAUUACAAAAAAUUUUCCACAGUUUAAAUUAUAAUAAUAAUAAUAAUAAUUUGGGGGAUCAUAUAAUUGUUGAUGAUAAUGAUAUAAUGAGAAAUUUUAUAAAAGUAUUAGCUCAUGGUUGUUUUAAAAGUAAAAAAAUUUAUAAUAAUAAUAAGAAUAAGAAUAAUAAGAAUAAGAAUUCAUUAGAAUUUAUAUAUGAUGAUUUUAAAACUCAAAAUUUUGAAAAUCAUUAUCUUCAACAAAUGCAAGUAUCUGAUGAUAGUGAUGUUGAAACGGGGGAUAUUUAUUCUGAAGAUGAAGAUAAACAAGAAAACCUAUUAAAAAUGGAUCAACUUGAAAAAGGCGACAAAACUGAUGAUGAUGAUGAUGAUGAUGAUGCCUAUCGUCUUAUAUCAGCAUUAUUUUAUCUUAAUUUAUUAUUACAAAAAGGACAAUCUCCAAAUAUGAUAUUCCGUCAAUUAAUAUUAUUUACCAUCAAAUAUAUUGAAUGUGAUAAUUUCACAUUAAAAAAAUUAUUAUCAUUUAAAAAAGCAAUUGGUAAUAAGAAUAAUGAUACCGAACGUGUGUUAUCCAAUUGUGUUGAAUGGUUAAUGUAUCAAAAAAGAACGGUUGAUGGUAUAUAUUUAUCAGAUUAUAUUUCUUAUAUUAAAACUUAUUGUAAUAAACAAAUGGAAUUAGAUGCUGAACAAUCUUCUGGUGUUGUUGGUAGUGGUAGUGGUAACAACAUAGAUGGAGUUGAAAUUUCUUAUGAAUCUGAUGAUAUAGAAUUGGCUGAAACGUUUCCUGAAUUUCCUGAUCCUCCCAAUUCUUUAAUCGAUGGAUUUGAAGUUGAAUAUAUUUAG